AUGGCGGAGGGACCAAAUCGCCCAAACAGUACAAUCUACGUUGGCGGUCUCGACACCAAUCUUGUGACCGCCACAACUCUCUCGGAGGCGUUCGUCCCAUUUGGCGAAAUAGUGGACAUAACGCUACCCAAGCCUGAGGCGCCGUCUUCGACAGAUUUGCACCGCGGCUUUGGAUAUGUUGAGUUCGAGGAUGCGGCUGAUGCAAAGGAAGCAAUCGACAACAUGGAUCAGAGUGAGCUUUACGGACGGGUGAUCAAGGUAGCAAUGGCCAAACCCGACAGAAAGGAAACCGGACAAGUUGGGUUGGGCAGCACCACCGCUAUCUGGGAACAAGAGGACUAUCUAGCAAAAUAUGGUACAGCGAACGAGGACAAGGCUGCUGUGGAAAGCGCAAAGAACGAGAGGCCCGCAGAUCCCAUGGAUGGAUUAGAGGGUCUAGAUGUUGCUGGGCCGAAACCCGAGUGA